AUGGCGGCGACGACGGUGCGGGCGGCGGUUUCGAUGCACCGCGCGCGCGAUACGCCGCCCUCGCGUCGCCCCUCGCGCGUUCGAAGCGCAGCGCCCGUCCCGAGACGCGUCCUCCAUCCGACGACGGGGCUCCCGACACGGACGAGCGAGAGGGGCGACGUUCGGCAUGAUGUCGUAAUCUCGGCGCAUCGGACGGGACGACCUCGCCCCUCUCGCGCGACGGGCGCGAGGGACGAGGUCGUCCCGAGCGUGGCCGUCGCCCCGCCCGACGCCGACGAGGUUGACGUUCUCGUGCGGUACGUCUACCCCGGCGUCAGGUUCUCCCAGGGCAAGGUGGUCGUGCUCCGCGCGCCCAAGACGGGCGGUGCCGACCGGGCGGAUCCCGUCGACGACGCCGCCGCGGCGGACGACGACGACGACGAAGGCGACGGCAUCCUCGGAUCGGCGUCCGCCGCCGGCUCGGCGCCCGCGACGGUGACGGGCGCCGACGUCGUCGCCGCCCUUCGACGCGACGGCGUGGACGUCGCUCGGUGGCGCCCUCGCGUCGCCCUGCGCCUCGGCGACCUCGACCCCGCCGCCGCCGCGGCGGCGAGCGAAGACGCGGAUGCUGCGUCCCGGUCACGCGGCGGCGACGACGCGUGGAGGAGGCGACCGGUCGUGCCGGGCUUCGUCGGAUGGCGCGCGCUCGGCGAGGACGACGUCGUCACCUUCGACGUCGGCUCCGUCGGUCUCUUGGUGCAGCUCGAAGACGCGCUCGUCGCCGACACCGUACCGGGCGCGAGUGAUAAAAAAGCGUCAAAGUUUGGAGCGCCGUUUUCCAAGAAGGGGGGAGGCGGACGACGCCGUCGUCGCCGAAAGGAGGCCCAACCGGGGGAGGAAACAGGGGAGGAAAACGGGGACGAAGAUGAACCGCCGCGCGAAGGCGAAGGCGAAGGCGAACCGCCGCGCGCCCUCCGCCUCCGCGCCGCGGACUAUCUCGGCCGAUGGGGCGGCGACGACGACGACGCGUUGAUCGAACGAACGACGGUGAACGCGUACGCGGGAAAGGACAGCGACGGAUGCACCGCGUUUCCCGCCGUGGACACCGGCGCGGGCUUCUUCGGCAUCGGCAUCGUCAAGGCGAAGCACGAGGCGAACGUCGGGACGCUGUGGCGGAGCGCGUGGCAGCUGGGCGCGGGUUUUAUCUUCACCGUCGCGACGAGGUUCAAGUACGAGGCGAGCGACACGACGCAGGCGUACAAGCAGCUGCCGCUGUUCAAGUACGACGAGUGGGGAGACUUCGCGAAAAACUCGCCGCACGGCGCGGUGUGGGUCGCGAUUGAGAUGGGUGGGGUCCCGUUGCAGGAUUUCGUGCACCCUCCCCGCGCGGUGUACGUUUUGGGCAGCGAGGAUAACGGACUGAACCGACCAAUCGUCGAGGCGUGCCAGUGCCACGUGGCGCUCCCUAAGUGGAUCGGACGAAGCGCGAGCUACAACGUCGCGAUGGCGGGCACGCUGGUGAUGUACGACAGGAUGCAGAAGCAGCUAAGGGACGGACACGUCGUGACGCGGGAAGGCGGCGGAGGCGAGGACCGAUGA